CAGACUGGCGAGAGACUCUUCAUUGGAGCGCCAGGCAGUUAUUACUGGCAAGGUCAGAUAUACUCGAUCGCCGCCGCCAUGAGGUUGAAGUUCGUGGCUACGAUGUUAGUCACCGAAGCCGAAGCAUCAGGACAAGCGUUUUCGCAGCCCUUGAACGGUCGGUCGAGGAUCAUGUUCACCAAAGAGGGCCCGGCGAAGGAGGACGAUAGUUACAUGGGUUAUUCCAUCGCGACAGGAGAUUUUGUUGGGAACGGAGAUAGUGGUACCGCGGUUGGCGUCCCGCGCGGUUCCGAUCUUCUGGGCAAGGUGUGUAAAAGAGUAUCGUAUUGCAACUCGAAAUACAAAGACACCAAGUGCAACAGCAUGACGAUGGAAAUGUACCCUUAUGAAAAAAUACACUCAAUCAUACGUUGACGGUC